GUCGAAGUUGUCCUUGUCAAGGUGAUUUGUCCGUUCGCUAGGUAGUUUCGGUUUUGGCUGCUAUUCUUUAGAGUUGCCGUUAUCCAUUGUCAGACGAAUAGUAAGUCGCCCUUUAGUAAAGUAUGCCCAAUUGUGAUAUACUUCAAGAUCUGCUGAGAAAGUUGGUUCUUGUGCUCAAUGAUUGGCUCAAAAUGUUUGAUGGUGAGUACAGUUAUGUUUGUGUAGUGCUCUUAAACUUGUAUGCAUUGUAUAGAAUUCAAAAAGGAAGAAGAGGUUGUUUCGAGAGCUUCCCAAAUGCUUCAAUAUUGUAAUGGUGAUAGCAAAAGCCUGUCUUCAACAAAUGAAUUGAUGCUUUCACUAGGCAAUAUAUACGAACGUAAUAAGAACACUAAUCAACAGUUGCUUCUUGAGCCUUUGAGAAAAAUUUGCUCUAUACUGUCACCUAUAAAUGAUAUUUUCCAGGAAAGAGAAGAUAUUGUAAAAGAAAUAAAUCGGAAAUAUCGGAAAAUCCGGAGGUUUGAGCCCGUAGAACACAUAGGGGAAAUGUCAACGAAAUACAGAAAGAUUUCACAAACAGUUGACUCACUAACAAGUCGUUUACAGAUUACUGAAACUGCAAUAAGCGCGAAUUUAAUGGAUUUAACCUCAAUAUUAGAAGUGUUUCUGUCGUCUUCGUUCCAUGUUCACGUCAGUUGCACAUCUGAUUUUUUCAUGAAAGCAUCAGCAGUUAGCCAACAAAUCUCUAAGGCUCUAUAUACCGAACCAGGUGAACUGCCUGUGUUAGACAAGAAAAUACAUGAAGAAAUGAACUCUCUAUACAAGCUUUUACAUCUGAAACCAGAAAAAUGACUCUGAACAAUAAACUGGUUUUUAAUAUUUUCACAACUUUCAUUUUCACAUGCAAAUAAACUUCAUAAAACGUA